CUUCAGCUCACCGCCAUUGCCAUCCAGUUUCAGAGAGCGCAACCUCCUAGCAGACCAGCACGAAACCCCCCAGAAGAAAUGGGGCUUCAUCAUGGAGCACCGCUUGCUCUGUCCGUGCUCGUGCUGCUGUGCGUCCAUGGAGGCCGAGAAGCAGAGGCCGCGGGCGGCGGGUUCGUGAGGGCGCAGGGCACCCGCUUCGUGAUCAACGGCAGCCCCUACUACGCCAACGGCUUCAACGCCUACUGGCUCAUGACCAUGGCCGCCGACCCCGCGCAGAGGGGCAAGGUCACCUCCGCGCUCAGCCAGGCCGCCGCCCGCGGCCUCUCCGUCGCUAGAACCUGGGCCUUCAGCGACGGCGGCAGCAACGCGCUGCAGUACGCCCCCGGCAGCUACAACGAGAACACCUUCAAGGGGUUGGAUUUUGUGCUGUCCGAGGCUAGGAAGAAUGGGAUUAAGGUGAUACUGAGCCUUGUGAACAACUACGACACUUUUGGAGGGAAGAAGCAGUAUGUAGAGUGGGCAAGAGGGCGGGGGCAGGCCGUCGGAUCUGAAGAUGACUUCUUCACCAACUCCGUCGUCAAGGGCUUCUACAAGAACCAUGUCAAGACCGUGCUGACGAGGCUGAACACUGUGACUGGGGUGGCGUACAAGAACGACCCGACGAUCCUGGCGUGGGAGCUGAUGAACGAGCCCCGGUGCCAGUCCGACCUCUCCGGGCGGACCAUCCAGUCGUGGAUCACGGAGAUGGCGGCGCACGUCAAGUCCAUCGACGGCAACCACAUGCUGGAGGCCGGCCUGGAGGGCUUCUACGGCGCGUCGUCGUCCCGGGCCGCCUCCGUGAACCCGGCCGGCCGCCAGGUGGGCAUCGAUUUCAUCGCCAACAACCAGGUCCCCGGCAUCGACUUCGCCACCGUGCACUCGUACCCGGACCAGUGGCUGUCGAGCUCCGACGACCAGGCGCAGCGGAGCUUCCUGGGCAGGUGGCUGGACGCGCACAUCGCGGACGCGCAGGGGACGCUGCGCAAGCCGCUGCUGAUCGCCGAGUUCGGCAAGUCGCAGAGGGACCCCGGGUUCAGCAGCGCCCAGCGGGACGCGCAGUUCGGCAUGGUCUACGCCAAGAUCUACGAGUCGGCGCGGAGGGGCGGCCCCACGGUGGGCGGGCUCUUCUGGCAGCUCAUGGCCGACGGCAUGGACUCCUACGGCGACGGCUACCAGGUCAUCUUCGCGGAGGCGCCGGCGUCCACCACCGGCGUCAUCACGUCCGAGAGCCGGAAGCUCAAGAUGCUCGGCAAGGCGUUCGCGCGGGCCGAGCGCGCCAAGCGGGACGCGAGCGGGAAGGGCACCGGUGGCAAUUAGGGACCACUGACCACGACAACAAAAGAGGAUCUCUACUUUAUAUAAUGCGUGCUUUUUUUCGUGUGUGAGUGAGUCUAGUUCUCCUCGAGAUGAUUCACGAUUAUUCAUCCGGGAGAGGAGUAAUAUUUGUCAUCCUUCUUGCUACCUUCCUUGGGAAGAGGACAUGUUUUCUUCAGUGCUCUUGUGGAUCACGAGAUAGCCAAAUGUGAUGGACUGAUCAUCAUGGCUUAGAAGCAGCCGGUGAUUAGAACCUUGAUCAUACUGGCUUCUAGAUUUUAUAUCUAUGGUGGGGUGCUUAA